UCGUGUCUGCCAUAGCGACCAACAACAACCAUUUUAUCAAGUUGGUAGUGAGGUAGACUCCUCUAGUUUUAGUGGAGUUUCUGGUCACACAUGUGAGUGUGACACGAGUGUUUGACUAUCAUAAAUUGGAAUUGAACAAAAAUCAUGGCCACAGCAACAUUAAUGAGCAGGGAAAUCCCUCCGGAGAGGCCACAAGUGCAGAUCGCCGAAACAUCAGGAGGCUCUCGUAAUGCUGAUAUGGAAAUCACUUACACGGGCAACACAGGAAACGAUAUGGGAAUCUCCACGAUGGGUUUCAGGGCUUCAAAGUAUAACCCUCCGGAGUGGCACGAAAGCAAUUAUUCUAAGUAUUAUCAAUCUUUUGUCGACAGAGAUAAUGCUGAGAGAAUUCGCCAUGAAUCUAAGAGAACGGCCAGCGAAACAGAGGCUAUUACAAACAAAACGCAAACAGAGGUGACAAAGAAGUUGGGAGAGAGAAUUCAAGAUAUUAACUUUUGGAAAUUUGAAUUAGAAAGAGAAAUACAAGAUGUCAUCUCUGAAACUGAUCUGCUGUUGUCACAGAAGAAAAGAUUGGAAAAUGCUUUGCGUGCUACAGAAAUUCCUCUUCACAUAGCCACAGAUAACUUGAACUGCCGACAGAGAAGACAAGGUGUAGAUUUGGUACAGGAUAACGUAGAACUUGGACUACUUAAAGAAGUUGAAAUUAUCAACAAUGUUCAAGAUUUGCUCAAGAAAACAAUUGACCAGUCCGAUAAGCAAAUAAAGUUAAAUAGAAAUGCAAAACAAAAUCUUGAAAUGGACUGGAGUGAUAAAAAAGAGGCUCUUGAGAUUGAUAGCAAAUCUGGUGCCCUCAGGAAUGAGCACACUGAUAAGCAGUUCUACUCUGGUGCAGCCAAGUUUGAGGAGAUUCAGUCUACUCCUGAAUCCUGGGCCCAGUUUACACAUGACAACAUUGUCCGAGCAGAGCACGAGAGGAUGGCGUCCAUUCAGCUGAGACAGCUGAUCGAUAACAUUCUGUCGGACACCUCCAGAGACAUGCGAGAGCAGUGUGACACAGUGGAUGUCUGCUUCCAGAAACGCCUUGAAGAAAUGGAGGAUGCUAAAUCUAAAAUGGAAGAAAAUCUCAGAAAGAUGUGUGAUGAAAUUUGCCAGAUGGAGAAGAACAUUGAUAUGCUUAGGAAGGCAAUCAGAGAUAAGGAAAAUCCAAUGAAGGUUUCUCAAACUCGCCUCAACAACCGCACAUACAGGCCUGGAGUCGAGCUCUGCCGUGACCCAGUACAAUAUAAAUUGGUGGGUGAGGUGAAUGAAAUUGCUCAGUCUAUUGAUGCUCUAACCGAACAACUGAACAAUGCCGAGAACUCCCGAAAGGACCUCCAGGAUAACAGGAUGGCUCUGGAGAAGGAAAUUGCCUGCAAGAAGAACAGUAUAUUCAUUGAUAGAGACAAGUGUGUCAGUGUGCGCACUAGGUACCCUACCACUCUCAAGCUGCAGGGAUACCAGUAACCGUCCAGAUUGCCCCCUUUUAGACUUUAUAUCUCACUGCUUCUGUCUGUCUGUUUAGAUCUGUUGCCAGAUCAAAGCUUGCACUGCACGUCCAUUAAUGUACUGUUGUGAAACUUUUUUAAAAUUUCUAAUCUUAUUGACAUAAUAUUUACCAUCAUGGGAUUGUAAAUCAUGCCUCAUCAAGCAAGUUUGCAGAAUCUACUAGAUCUAUCAAGUAUUUUACAAAGGGGAUCAAUUAUUCUUGGAUUUUUCCUUGCCCUUUGUACAUUAAAUUAUAUGUGUGAUAUUGAGUACAGUAUUUUGUAAAUAAAGGUAUAUGUGAAGAUUAUGAAAACAAA